GGAUGCUUGGGUAGUAACCUAAUAAAGCUGCUGGAUGCAAUCCCAGGGCACAAUGUGUGGAUCAUGUUCAUCUGACAGACCCGCUCUCUGUGCCCAACUCCUGCGCUAAAACAACCUGCUGCUCUUCUGUGAGUGCUUGCGGGUCACGGCCAUUGCAAUUUGUGCACUGUGAUGAAGGGUGAGGUGCCUCUGCCGGUUGAAUAAAUCACCAGGACCUAUGAAAGAAAGCAUAUCACACACAACGGGGACAGAGAGAGCAAGAGCACGUUAUCAAUUUCGGAGGUUCCUGUCCUGGUGUAACUGUCGGAGCAUAAUGGUGGCAUUUAAAGGGAUCUGGACCAAGGACUUCUGGAGGGCUGUGUCUGGAGAAUACCUGGCCACUCUCAUCUUUGUCCUCCUCGGCCUGGGCUCCACCAUCAACUGGGCUGCAGGGAAGGAGAAGCCUCCCCCGGCUGACCUAGUCCUUAUCUCUCUGUGCUUUGGCCUCAGUAUCGCCACCAUGGUGCAGUGUUUUGGACACAUCAGCGGCGGACACAUCAACCCCGCUGUCACCGCGGCUAUGGUUGUGACCAGAAAGCUGAGCCUGGCGAAGGCUGUCUUCUAUGUGGUGGCUCAGUGCCUGGGAGCUAUUACAGGAGCUGGGAUUCUCUACCUCGUCACACCUGCUGCUGUCAGAGGGUCCUUCGGUGUGACCACGGUGAACUCCGACAUCUCGUUAGGCCACGGCCUCCUCGUCGAGCUCCUCAUCACGUUCGAACUGGUCUUCGCCGUCUUUGCCACCUGCGAUCCUAAACGCACCGACCUAGGCGGCUCUGCGAGCCUGGCCAUCGGCCUCGCUGUGGUCAUAGGUCACUUAUUUGCGAUUCCUUACACAGGAGCCAGCAUGAACCCCGCUCGUUCCUUCGGGCCUGCAAUGGUCACACUUAACUUCGAGAACCACUGGGUGUACUGGGUGGGACCCGUUCUGGGAGGCAUCUUAGCCGGCGGCCUGUACGAGUACCUGUACUGUCCUGACCCUGAGAUAAAGAACAGGCUCAAACAAGUUUUUAAGAAGGACCCAUCGGGGAAAUACAGGGAGGUGGAGAGUGAGGACAUUGCCAUUAAGCCAGGCUCCAUCCACACCAUCGAUUUGGAGAAAGCUGAGAAAAAAGAGUCUUUCCAAGAGUCAAUGGGAGAAGUGCUGUCCUCUGUAUGACUAUCACGUGCACUGGAAAUGGAGACCAAUUUGUAGACCCUCAGAGUUUGGAGGUGCAUCCAUCUUGAGCUUGUCGCCUUGCAAAGACGUUGUCCUGCAAGCAGAAUAGAAUUUGUGUCCAUGACAUAGCGGGGCUGUAUUCCUUUCAUUGUCAUAAAACUAAUAUGAUGCCAUGGCUCAAUCUAACCGACAUCUGCAGCCUGUUCAAUACUCUUCCCGAGGCCCUCCCUUGAAUGAUUUUUGCAGCAGUGUUGGCAUGCGCCGCGCAUUGCACACUGCACACUGCAGAGUGACAGCCCGCGAUGCGUUGCGUUAUGGAAGUAUGUGUAGGGUCAACCUAUUAUGCAGGGUCAUCACGCCAAACUGGAGAAGUGAAGAAGAAAAUGCAGCCUUGUUAUUUUUGGAUUAGUGUCACAUUUGGUACAUGUAGUGUAUAUGUAAUAAAAAGGAGAGAAUUUCCUUGUGAUCAGUAAGCACAUUACAGAUCCUCGGCGCUGUGAGACAGCUCUGACGAGCCUUAUUAUCAGAGCUGUGUUACAGUGCUCUCUAUUUUCAGUGCAUCAGUCAGGGAAACAAGUGAUUCAUUUUCACUUUUGGAUGUUAAUUGUUUCUGAUACUGCGUGAUCCUAUUUCAUAUAUAUAUAUAUAAAUAUAUAUAUCUCAUUAUACUUACGUUGUUUUAUUUGAUAGGCCUAGACAUUUUUUUUCUUUGUGAUUUAAUGAUAAUUAUUAAUUUAUUGACAAAAUGUUUCUGUAAUCUUCAUCGACGUUAUUAAAGUUCUUACAAUAAAGUUUUUUCUAAUUAA